AUGUCGAAGCCUACUCCAUCUGGCGAGGCCGGCACCGUCAUCACAAAAUACGGAUAUUACCUAGACCUCGAUCUGGCUCAAUUUGGCGCUUCCAUGUUCGGCAUGUCCAACGCUGAACUUUCCACCCUGGAUCCCGGCCAACGCCUGCUCCUCGAGGUGACGCGUGAGGCCUUUGAAAGCGCUGGCGAGGCCAAUUUUCGAGGGAGGAACAUUGGCACCUUUGUUGGGGACUUCACGGAAGACUGGCAAGACUUACAGAACGUCGACCUGCUGAACCACCAGCCGUAUUUAAUGGUGGGCAAGUCAGAUUUUGCGCUUGCGAACCGCCUUGCCUUUGAGUACGAUCUAUUGGGUCCCAGUGUCAGCAUCAAGACGGCCUUAGCCGGCGCCAAUGUCAUCAUCACGCCCCGAACCAGCAUCUCCAUGUCCAUGUUGGGUCUGUUAGCACCCGAUGGCAAUUGCAAAACGUUUGAUGCUAGCGCCAACGGCUUCGCCCGCGGAGAGUCCGUGUGUGCCUUGUAUCUUAAGCGCCUCGACCAUGCCAUCCGCGACGGCAACCCCAUCCGCGCCGUCAUCCGUGCCUGUGACGGCAACGCAGACGGAGGUGACGGGUCCAGGACCUUUGGCACUCCUAAUCCCAAAACGCAGGAGACGCUGAUCCGCCAAACAUACGCAUCCGCAGGGUUGCCACUUGCAGAAACCAAGGUCAUCGAACUCCAUGGCACCAGAACAGUAGUCGGCGAUCCGUUGGAGAGGUCUGCUAUUACCAAGUGCUUUGGUGGCGACGAAAAGGUCUACAUUGGGUCUGUGAACCAAGUGUUGAAGUCGCUCGAGCAUCCGCCCGAGUGGACAUUUGAAGGUCUAUUGUUGGCCGACGGGGCCGCAAGAAUCUGUUCAGCCCUACGGACCGCUCUCAGCCCAUAUGUGCUGCUGUGCAGGUGGCUUACGUUGAUGCUCUUGUUGCAUGAAACGUCAAGCCAUCCGCCGUUGUUGGGCACUCGAGUAGAGAGGUCGCCGCCGCUUACUCUGCUGGUGUGCUCACGAGGAGAGAGGCGAUUAUUGCCGCUUACUACCGUGGCUAUGCUCGCGCGCGCUGCAAAGGUUGCCGGCGCCAUGGCGGCUGUGGGUGUGGGACGCGCCGAGGUUGGACAGCAUCUAAAGCCCGGUGUCGUGCUUGCUUGCGAGAACGGCAACGCCAGCUUAACCAUCUCCGGUGACCUGAAGGCCGUUGAAGAGACUAUGGAUAGCCUGAAACAGGCGCAUCCCGGUUUAUUCCAACCAUCGGGGACCUCUACAAGUCUCUCGUUGAGCCACAUCUUGGGCCAAAGGCCAGUCUGCGGCCGACAGGUGCGCGAGAGCAAAAGCUUAGAUGCGCAGUGCUGGCAGCUCAACAUCGAGAACCUGGUGCUGUUCCGCACCGCGGUAUCGCAGAUGUUGGCCGAUAUGCCUAACACGGCGCACUUGGAGACUAGUCCUCACUCGGCGUUGACGGGUCCCCUUCGACACAUAUGCAAGGAAACCAACCGCUCAGCUCCCUACACCUCGCUCGCCGAAUGUGGUGAAGACGCUUCCCACACCUUCCUUGUGGCUAUCGGCAACCUCUACUGUCUCGGCAUUAUGCCUCAAGUGCCAGUAUCCGAAAACGCUUACACUUUGCCCGACCUGUCCACCUAUCCGUGGAACAAUACCAACUCCUACCUGUCCGAAACCCGAAAGGCCGCAUUGCAGCUAACGGGAUCAACAACCUACACCGUACAACAUGUCAACAUCGCGGCUGCAAUGCUCCUGGACGAGAGCAAGGGCAUCGAGCUCGUGACUACAUUGCGGAAGCAUUCUCUGACCGCCUCAAAUGACAGCAGGUGGUGGGAGUUUUCCAUUUCUUCCGAGAAUAAGGGGCCUGGACAAAGCAAUGCUGGGGCUUGGUCACCGAUGGAUGUGCCGUGGCCCACCCUGUCGAACACCUCUCAACUACAGCAAUCGCUUUAUUGGGCUAGAGAACGUGACCGCGAGUCCCGUCGAUAUGAGUGCGUCAGUCAGCAUCCCCAAUCGACAACACGCCGGCGAGGAGUAUGCGCUUCACCCAUGCACCCUAGAUAUUGUCUUACAGUCGUGGUCCGUCGCAGCCACCAAGGCGAGUAUCGUAGUCUGGAUAAGAUGUUCCUCCCCACAUUUAUUGAGCAAUUCUACGUCGGCGCCAGUGGCAGUCGGACGACGCUUCAUGUUCGCACCACUGCACAGGAGUCUGCGAUGUUGGCGUUGUGUGACUCUUACAACGUCACAUAUGAAAACGACGUGGCGUUUGUGCUCAAUGGAUUCCAAGCCACGGGAAUGAAUGGAGCAAUCAAGCAGGAGGCACCUGCAACGAACGCCUGGUCGGUCCAGUGGCAUCCGGCUUCUGAUUUUGCUCCUCCGUGGACACUGAUACGUCCUGCGGGAGACAUGACCGCCGGCAUUAUAUUCGCGGAACAGUUUUGCCUACUGUGCGCGGUCGAGAUCCAACAAGUGGCAGCUACGGUCACAUCUCUUGCACAGCCCUUUUUCAAGCACUUUUUGGCUGGAGUUGCCAAUCAAUUGGAUCGGGUCGAUCAGGGCCAGGCCAAGGUUCCCGACUCCGUGGAGCUUAAGGCCCUUGGUCGAGAGGCUCGACUAAGAAAGCUGGUCGAAUGGCACGAGCGGAGCAGGGGCAACCCGGUGGAGAACAUUGUUGAAGCGCUCUGGCGUGCUUACACCAAUAUCAAGGGUAUUCUUGAAGGUCGACAAGAUUUCUUGGACCUUCUCCUCGCCGGCGAAAAGCGUGCAGAAGGUCUACAACGAAUACAACGCUUGCUCCGUGUCCUAGAGAUAGGCGCUGGCACGGGCAGCCUGACUGCUGUGGUGCUAGAAGCCCUGCACUCCAGCGAGGGGGAGCGCCUAUACGGGGACUACACCAUCACCGACGUCUCGGCUGGUUUCGUGAACCAAACCAAGGAACGCUUCAGUCAAUACCAAAAUCUCAAGUUUGCCGUCUGUGACAUUACAGCGGAUGUGAUUGAACAAGGGUUCGAGGCCGCAUCUUUUGACUCGGGAACAACCAGCCAAUUUGUUGUCGUCUACGUCUUACAUGCCACUCCUAAUUUGGCCGACACGUUGAAGAGCUGUCGAACACUACUGAAACCGGAUGGACAAAUGUAUUUGCAGGAAGUUUGUUCAGAUACGAGAUAUCCCGACCUCAUUUUUGGUCUCUUCGAGGGAUGGAUCCAGUCCUCCGUCCAUGACAACAAGCACCCAGACUUUUUUACUGUCAGCAGCAUCGUAGCACGUGCUCGAUCUGAUGACACUUCCGAGUCUGAAGACGCUGGCACGAGGAUCACUCUCCUGAAGCCGAGUGCCGAAUUGGGCCAGUUCGGACAAGGUGUGAAGAGCGUGCUCGAGGCCGCGGGAUACACCCUAGAUGAGUUCAUUUGGGGGUCCAAGCUGCCAGACAACCAAGACAUCAUCUCCCUCAUGGACGUCGACGACGAACGCGCUCCCUUGCUGGCGGACAUCGGUUCGGAAGACCUGGCAAAUUUCAUCGAUAUAGUGGAAGAUGUGUCGGGACAGGUGGUGCUUUGGCUGAUGCGGUCCGCCCAGACAGAAUGCUCUGAUCCACACUACGGCAAAAUGUUGGGAAUGGCAAGAUGCAUCCGUGGUGAGAUGGCCAUUGACUUCGUAACCGCCGAGUUGGACAAGCUCGACAAGGAAACGAGCCACGCCGUGGCGCGGAUACUAAGCAGUGUACGGCACGUGCAAAAGACGGCAACGAGCCGCGAUGGCAGUCUUGACAUUGAGUCUGAAUACAUCUGGCGGAAUGGCCAGGUACUCGUGAGCCGGAUCCAUACGCUGUCCGUCAACAAGGCGCUGUCCGACGCCUCUCCUCCGACCGAAGCCAAGCAUCUUACGAUAGGACAGCCGGGCAUGCUACAGUCCAUGUGCUCGACCGGCCAUAGGCUCCCAUCGCUCGCUGCCGGAGACAUCCACCGGUGGCGUGGUAUUGCCGCCAUCCACGUUGCGCGCUGGCUGGGCGCCGACAUUUACUGCACCGUGGGCUCGCCAGACAAGGUCGACUUCCUCACCAAGGAGCUGGGCGUUCCACGAGACCGCAUCUUCCACUCCCGCGACGACAGCUUCGUGGCGGACGUAUUGCGCGUCACAGAUGGGACUGGCGUCGACGUCGUCCUUAACUCGCUUCGGGUGAACUGCUCCAUGCUUCUUGGAAACUUCCUGGGCCGUGGUCGCUUGGCCAUGCGUCUGUUUGCCGAGAACCUCGCCUUCUUCGGCAUCGAUUUGGCUGCCCUCGCCGUGCACAACAAGCCCAAGGUGGCGCCGUUGCUGCAUCAGAUGGUAGAGCUCCUCCGUGGUGGCAAAAUCUUCCCGUUGCAUCCCACCACAGUAUAUGGAUCGGUCUUUACACCAUCGGACAAGCUGCCAGCUCUGCGAGAUGUUGCCACUAGAUUCAGCGAUCUUUUUGUGAUGUGCCUGUUGGCGGUAGUGUAUCGCUCGCUUGGCUUAUCGCCUUUUCUUCCGGAAUCCCAUUCGGUGGCCUUAUCUGUGCUGGACAUCUCUGCAGGGGAAAAAGCCCAUCGUGCAACCCUGAUGCAUUCCAACGUCUCCUAUUUGAUUUCUUCAACAACAAGCGACAGUCCCGGCGCCUGCUCUCUUGGUCGCGUCCGAUUAUACGCAACGCUAUCGGUCGCGGAUUCGGCUUUUCGGGCUGGGCUGUUCGUCGGGACCUUAACCACGACAACUGCAGACGACACAGUCAUCUUGACCAACUACAAGGCUAUGUCAGUGCGGCCACAAGAUGCCGUUAUCCCGUCCAAACUUCCUAAUGAAAAGCUUCCCAAGCAGGGUACCUCUGCUCCUAGCGGGAAUUGUCCCACUAACCAAUGUCUAUGCCGCGCCUGUGCCACGUCGGCGGUCCCAAUGCUAUUCGGUCCAUUUGCGCUGUCGACUCUCAGCGACUGCUGGGAUGGAGGCCUGGAACAUAACCACUCGGCCGGACUCUGCCGACAGGGACCGCGGUUCAUAUGGCCUUGGCGGCCGCCACUGGGCAUUCUCUUGAACACUGGUACUGGCGAAAUGGACGAAGAGGCAUGCCCACCCCAGACUGGACGACCUCCUCGUUCCCUGGCUCGUAGGCACUUUUUGUGGCCGGUCUUGCAUUCGUUUCUCAAGACUAUGAACGGCAAAGCACCCUGGUUUCCGGCUCUGGCACCAGACAACGUGCUCAGACCGAGAGGGUGCCAUCCGGUGUCGUAUUCUGGAGCAGUGUUAGUCAGCGCCCUCCAGCAAGUGGACAAGUUGCAGAAGGAGUACAUCAUCGCCAACCGGCCACUGCGGACCAGUGCCAGUGAAAACGCAGUGUGCCAGAAGUAA